UUGCUGCUAUCGGUUUAUCGCUCUAUUUUUAUAUUGUUAUUUUCCUUAUAUUAUGUAUCCUGUUUGUACAAGUCUUUAAAUAUAAUGCUGAUUUAUUAAUUGCUAGACAUGCCGUACAUCGUUCGACGCCAUGGCCAAUCGUCAUCGCCUGUCGUCCGACCUAUCAGAGAACGUCAUUACUAGCUUCAGUACCAGUUCCGGUUUAACCGCAGUCAACAACAAUCCGUUUAGCCAAUCAUCGUAGCUGCUGCAAAUCUCGACCAAUCAGUCCACUCGAACUCGAGGAAGUACUUCCUUCUGUUCUUCCCUGAUAGCGUAGCGCUCGUUGUUCCUCCGUGAAAAGACGGUCAUACAUUCGUUUUGUACUUCUAAAACAACGGAAUUUCACACUUUUUUGCCGGUUUUGUCGAAGAAGCAGGCAUGAUUGAGCCCAAGAAGAGAAUGGCGGACAUGGCGGUUGUGCCCGCCUCCGUCAUGAAGAGACCCCGGACGGAGCUGGUGGCGGCGGCCCAGUCUCAGCAGCUCAUGGCCGGGGGGCCCCCAAGGACCUCCAGCCUGCAGGCCCCCAUCAUGCUGAUGUCGGGCCACGAGGGCGAGGUCUACUGCUGCAGGUUUCACCCCAACGGAGCCACCCUGGCCUCGUCCGGCUUUGAUAGGCUCAUUUUGAUGUGGAACGUGUACGGCGACUGCGACAACUUUGCCACGCUGAAGGGUCACAGUGGGGCCGUGAUGGAGCUGCACUACAACACAGAUGGAAGCCUGCUGUUGUCUGCGAGCACGGACAAGACGGUGGGCGUGUGGGACAGCGAGACGGGCGAGCGGGUCAAGCGUCUGAAGGGCCACACCUCCUUCGUCAACACCUGCUACCCGGCCCGCAGGGGACCCCAGCUCGUGUGCACCGGUAGCGACGACGGGACCGUCAAGCUGUGGGACGUGCGCAAGAAAGGCGCCGUCCACACCUUCCAGAACACCUACCAGGUGCUGGCCGUCACCUUCAACGACACCAGCGACCAGAUUCUGUCCGGAGGCAUCGACAACGACAUCAAGGUGUGGGACCUGAGGCAGAACAAGCUGAUGUACAACAUGCACGGGCACGGCGACUCCGUCACCGGACUCAGUCUCAGCUCGGAGGGAUCCUACCUGCUCUCCAACUCCAUGGACAACACUGUGCGUAUUUGGGACGUUCGACCUUUCGCGCCCAAGGAAAGAUGUGUGAAGAUUUUCCAGGGCAACGUACACAACUUUGAAAAGAAUCUGCUGAGGUGCUCGUGGUCCACUGACGGCAGCAAAAUAGCUGCGGGAUCAGCUGACAGAUUUGUCUACAUUUGGGACACCACGUCCCGCCGCAUCCUCUACAAGCUGCCGGGCCACGCCGGCUCGGUCAACGAGGUCGUCUUUCACCCCGAGGAGCCCGUCGUGCUCUCUGCUGGCAGUGAUAAACGACUCUACAUGGGGGAGAUUCAGUAGGAAAAAACAUGUGCAUGUUGUAAGCUUAUGAGUGUGUAAGGACAUCAACAAAGACUUUUUUUUAAUUCCUUUUUUUUUUUUUUUUGGUUCUUUUUAAUAAAAAUCACGUAUUCUGUAAAGAAAACAUGUCUUUUUUUUUUUUUGUCGGAUGAUGCUUUGCUAAAAACCCCAAACUAACUUGAAAACGGUUCCCAGAUGUUUGUUACCUUGAUGCUGAUGUCGGGUAUUUCUGUGUUAAAGAUGAGAUGAGAAAUAAUGAGUUCAAACUGUAACGGUAUCAAUUGUGAAAUUCCCCCCAACCAUUGAAUGAAGAUUUCUGUUUGUAUUCAAGCUUGGAGGUGUGAUGUUUACUAAAGUCAAUCCGGAUGUGAUCCAGUUUGAAAUAAAUUGUCUAUAAUGUG